ACUUCCUGCUCUGUGUUUGCAGACGGAGCGAUGGCAGCUGGGAGACUUUCUCUGGCGUGUGGAGUCGCUGCGGCCCUGCUCUUCUCUGCGGUGCUGGCGUUCGUGGAGGAUCUGGAUGAUACAUUUAAAGAGACGAGAGUGAACGACAUCUGGCUGGUCGAUUUCUAUGCUCCGUGGUGUGGUUACUGUAAAAAGCUAGAGCCAGUAUGGAACGACGUGGGAAUGGAGCUGAAAAGCUCUGGGUCGCCGGUGCACGUGGGAAAGAUGGAUGCCACUGCAUACUCUGGGAUGGCGUCGGAGUUCGGCGUCCGUGGUUACCCCACGAUAAAGCUGUUAAAGGGCGAUCUCGCCUACAACUACAAGGGACCAAGGACAAAAGACGACAUUGUGGAGUUUGCGAACAGGGUGUCGGGGCCAGCCGUCCGACCACUUCCCAGCAAGCAGAUGUUUGAACACAUGAUGAAGCGACAUGAUGUGCUCUUCCUGUACGUCGGGGGGGAGUCCCCCCUCAAAGAGAAGUACAACGAUGUCGCCUCUGAGCUCAUUGUCUACACUUACUUCUUCUCCGCCUCAGAGGAAGUCUUGCCAGAGUCGGUAACUUUGCCAGAACUUCCUACUGUUGUGGUCUUUAAGGACGGAGCCCACUUCACCUAUGAUGAGUACGAGGACGGUAGUUUGUCAUCGUGGGUGAACAAGGAGCGCUUCCAAGGGUACCUGCAGAUCGAUGGCUUCACGCUCUAUGAGCUCGGAGAAACAGGCAAAUUGGUGGCGAUCGCGGUCAUCGACGAGAAGGACCCCACAGAGGAGAGUGGCAGAUUAAAGAGCUUGAUUCAGAGGGUGGCGAAGGAGUACAGAGAGCAUUUUAACAGAGACUUCCAGUUUGGCCACAUGGACGGGAAUGACUACAUUAACAGCCUCAUUAUGGGCGAGGUGACGGUGCCCUCCGUUAUAAUCCUCAACACAUCCAACGAGCAGUACUUCCUGCCCAGUGAGCCGAUUGAGACCAUGGAGCAGCUGGUCCAGUUCAUCAGCAGCGUCCUGAACGGCUCUGCACAGGCGAAUGGAGGUGACGGCUUCAUUCAGAGGAUCAAGCGUGUGGCCUUUGAUGCCAGAUCCACCAUUAUGUCGGUGUUUCGCAGCUCUCCGCUGCUCGGCUGCUUCCUCUUCGGCCUGCCGCUGGGCGUAAUUAGCCUGAUGUGCUACGGCAUCUGCACAGCGGAGUCGGACGAUGGUACGGAUGACAUAGAUGCGCUCAAGAGCCUGACUGAUGAAGAAGAGGACGACGAGGAGGAGGAGGACGAGGAAAGGCAACGCGCCGCUGAACUGGAGGGUCCAGAAGAAGAAGGGGAGAAUGAGGAAGAGGAGGAAGAGGAGGAGGAUUUGGGAGAGAAGGAUCCUGAAGAGAAGAAAACCGAUUAACACAGGGGCUCCUGCCGGAUAGAGGAUGAUGGGCCCUGGUCAAAUGCAGUGAAAUGAAACUCAAAGACAUAUCCAUGUGUUACUGCUCUGCUUCUUUGUGUUUCAUCUCACUUCCCAUCAAAGCCCCUCUAGCACGGACUGUCCUGUGAAUGCUACGUGUCGGUGUGUGUGAGAAGUCGGCCGCUCAGCCAAGCCAUCGAAACUCACGGCAAUUCUUAAGAUCGGAGCCUAAACGCCGAAUAAUAUCUUUUAUUUCUACGGCACCUUUUCAAAACAAAAGUUACAAAGUGCUUCACAGAGCACUGGAAUACUGAAGGAUAAAUAAAGCAUAGAAGCAUUAAAGUGGACAGGUUAAAGAGCUAAAGGCAGAAAAUAGAUUGGGAUCAUAAAGAUGCUUGUGUUUCUCGAAGGGCCCGAGUUCCUCUGGCGCCUCGACGGCAAAACGCUCAGUCACCACUUGUCACGAUAAUGUCAAGAGACGAUUGGGACGGCUGUGAUUUACACGUACCACUUAAUCAGUGGUGUGCCCCAUGUGACUCAUGACCCUCUCCUGCCAUCGUUUAGAAACCACAUAUUCUAUCCUCAUUUUAUUCUCAUCUCCCGAUCUCUCUUUUUCUUUCUUUUAGUCUAAUUCAAUAGAUCUUUCUGUAGUAGAAACACAAUUUUGCCUUCAAAACUAAAUUGUAAAAUACACGUUUUAAAUACCUCGUCAAACCCCCUAGCCAAAGUGUAGGAGUACCUUGUGUAGUGAUUGACGUGUGUAGAAAGCUUAGGAAGUGCCCAAGAAGGAAAAUCUGCCAUAAUUGAAUUGUGCUUCCCCCCCUUUUCCCCCAAUUGUCUGUUACUACCUGGAAAUAUUUCCUCUUCUUGUUUUUUCUAGGAAGGUGCAAAGUGCUGAGACAGUCACUCAUUUCUACUCACUCCUCACCCCAGCCCCCCCCCGUCAGAGUCCAUUUACGUGAACGCUCAGUGGUAAUUGGUAUCAGUCCGAUUUCAACUCUCUGACGUGAAAACCUUAGUAUAGAAAGCCCGUGCCUAUAAAGCAGCGGACUCCCAUAACAUGCAUCAGCAGCUCCUGUGGCUCUUAGCAACUCAUAUUCCUCAGAUGGACUCUGACUCCGUCUGUUUCCAUAUUUCAAUCGGUCCUCCAUCACUGCUUCCUAUAUUGAAUUUACUAGGCAGGUUGAAGUUUACAUCCCAAUGCACUGAGACCUAGAUUUAAGCUUAAAGAAUAUGAGGACUGUCUUCCUACUACUGAGUUUUUCCUCUUUUCAUUUUUUAUUAUUUUGUUCAAAAUCUGCUAUAGUCAGUUGGCUUAAGUCUCAUAAAUCCUCCUCUCUCCUCUCUCUGUACCCUUGUGGCUAAAGUUUAUGUAAAAGCUAAAAUCAAGUUGGGGUUACUGCUUUCUCCUGAAUUCACCUGGCCGCCUACUUUAAAAAGACAGUGUUCGUAAUAUCUUCUACACCGAGUCAGACACCGUUUUUAUAAGAAGUACUCGGUGCACCUUGUUGGAUUUGGGGUCCAGUGGUGCUUCGUUGGCUGUUCUGGUUAAAAUAAAGCACCUGAAAACAUGUUUCCUUACGUUUUAUUCUGUAUAAAGUUGAAGGUAACACAACUAUUCAAAACUCUAGAUUUGAUUUACAGCAGCAUUUCCAUGGCAACAAGUAAAUACUUCACAUUGCCUUUAUUUUCCUUUACAGCCCAGCCCACUUCAAACCAGUGACACGAGCACAGUCAAAACUCAGAACGCUGUAAAAACCUCUUGAGUUCAAUAACCACUUUGUUCCCACAUUUGGCCGAAGCUAUGAUGCUGGAGCCCGUUGCUCCAAAUUAGAGAUGUAAUUACUUUAAAUCAGUUGUUCAACAUUUAGGUUAAUAUGCUUGUUCACCCGUUCUGGUGAGAUUUACUACUCAUGCAAUGUGCAGUAAACAGGAAGCUAAUGGCAGCAGCCAGGUAGCUUAGCAUUAAAACUGGAGAAAAGGGUUAAUGAGAUCACACAAAGAAGAAUAAGAUAUUGCAUCCUAAUUAGUCUGAGGUAUCGAUCUUAUAAAGUGACUCAAACAAACCAUUUACCCGAAUGUUGAAGCAUUUCUUUAAAGACGUAUGCUCAGUACGCACGUUUAUUAUUUUCUCUCCAUUUGUUCCACUGCGUUGAUUUAAAACUUUCAUACAUUAUACAAAACGCACAAAGCUCCAUGGAUGUUUGAGUUAGGACUCGGGUGAAAUAUCAAAGGAGGAUUUCUUUCAAGGGAACAACACAAAUACGAUGAUGAAUGAACGUAAAGAUUCAUCCUUGACCUCAGGAACAGUAGCUGCAUGCACGGAGUAAUUUUCUCUCGAGGACCGUAGAACUUCCCACUAUCAAGUCGACCUUGAGUUACAAGAAUUGCAAUGAAUGUUCUGAGCUGUUUAUCCUGUUGAGUAAAGCUAACAGCUAACACAGGGGUGGGGAACCUUUUCCCUAUCGAGGACCAUUUUGAUUUUUUAAAUCAUCCUCUUCAAGCCACUUCCAUGUCGGGUUGAGUGGUUAUUUGUUUUGUCUGUUGUUUUUUUCCGGUGUCCUUGUCGUGUUGUUGUACAAGGUUGUGUCAAAUAGGAAAUCUGCUUAGCGGCAGUUUCUUCCAGACGCACACCCGCGCUCGCAGCUUCACAAAACCAGGCUCGCCAAUUAACACAAUCUUUCCACAAAGACUUGCCUGUGUAACAUCGUCAGGAUUGUGUUGUUGUGUAAGCUGCUUGUCGGGCACCCGAACUUUACUUUAUCCGAUCCCAUUUGUCCUUGCAACUCUUGAAGUUUAGCUGGAAAGACACCCAUGAUUUGCCUUUUCCUUCACCGUGAGCUUGUCCCUGUAAACUAGAUGAAGUUACUACCUUCCUCAAAAAAAAUCUGUUUUCGUUUGGAAAGUACGACGUCUUUUCCACGUCUUCUUUUCUUUACCUGACAGUUGACACGUGACAUGAAUCCCCCCCACUCCCCUGACCUGACCUGACAGGCCUUCAGCCAAAAGCGUCAACCCUCAUGGACGUGGUAGUCUUCUACUCGUGUUUUCUUCUAUCUCAGAAAGCAAAAAGAUUAAUUGCUGUUGUGACUUAUUCAUGAAAUGGCUCGCAGGCUAAAUACAAACCACUUAGGAGUCUCCCCCCCAGCCCUGCUCCAGUACUUAGCCCCGGUUGAACCUUUUUUUUGUAGCUGAGAAACACGAUGGCUUCAGGUUUUGUUUCCCGUUGCCGCUCAUUCCAUUGUGCUUUUGCUGCUCAGUAACUCUCGUAACUUGAUCGACUUAGGCGCCUCCACCUGAGCACACCUGUUAUAUUUACCAUACAGAGGUGAUCUGUGUCAUUACUGUGAAUCUGCACUAAAGGAAAACCACGCCCUCGUCUUGCCUUUCUGGUCUUUGUAGUCGCCCGCCAUUCUCUGCCAAACGUGGGUUUGAAUCGAGAGUGUCACACUUUAAUACAGGUUUGGAAGAUUGAAAUAAAGAUUGUCCUCUUUU